UGUAUCGUUUCGUAGUGCGUCGCGAAGGGUUCUGCCAAUCAGUGUUUGUAACUGUCCUGUCCUGUAUACCAUUCGAGUGGCAGCAAUAAGGGCUCUACGUGAACAACUCGUAAACAAAAGAAAAGAAACAAAACAAGAAACAGCAUCAUAAUAACAGGACUAGGAAGCUUGCGCCCAAAACAUCAGUUUACAAAGUGUCAGCAUUAAAAGUGCCAUGCUAUCAAUUGAAGUUGUGAAUUACUUUCGGUUUUCAAAGUAAACGCGUGAUUGUUUUCAGGUGAUUUUCAAUUGGAGUUUUGCUGUUAAUUCUACUUAGUGCUGACUACUGUUUUAGUGAUUCCUUUUUUCUGUUUUACUGCAGUACACCCUUGGGAUGGGAAUAGUUGUUACUUUUUAAGUGUGCAUCGUGGGCCAUUUUCCAGCGACUAGUUUAGCAGCUAUAAAAACAAGAGGAAACAAAGACGACAGACAUGUAUUGCGUGUUUUGAUGCAAUUCCCAUCGCUGUAAUAUUCUGUCAGCGCAAGUGUUUCAUUUUUCGGAGGAUCUAUUUCUCAAUCUGAUAACCUGUCUGUGAGCAGUGGAGUGUGGAGCACGCAAAAAGCUUCAUCGCACAGACUGCCGUAGCCGAAGUUAAAGUUAAUGUGAGUCAUUCGUAUCCGUGCGGCGUGGAAAGUGCCAGACGUAAAAGGCGUCGAAAUCGAUAAUUUUCUCGCGAAAGUUUACCUUAGUUUUACUUUCAUUUUCGGUGCAGUUUUAUUCCUACGCAGUUGCAAUAUGAAUGUUUAUAACUCGGGUAAGAUAUUUGCGUUCGAUGUGGACAUGAACAACGAUACGGAGGGGAUGUCGAUGAUGAGUACUGGCCAAUGCAGUGAAUCACCUGGAGGGGUCCACAAUGCCAUUGGAGUCGGAGCAGGUGCUGCGGCACACAGUGUGUCACAGGAGAACUUGGCUGGAGGAUUACCGAACGAAAUUUCUGCCCCGUACGAAGUGCCACAGUUUCCGAUCGAGCAGAUUGAAAAGAAACUGCAACUGCAGCGGCAGUUAAAUGCAAAGGUAAUGGAGCAGGAUCGACACUCGGUUGCGGCGGAGAUUCAUCCGGACGAACAGAUACCGUUCGAGGACCACGAUUUUGUGGCCCACUUUCAGCGCGUUUCGAUCUCUGGCGAAGACACCAGCGGGGUUCCACUGGACGACCUGGAACGGGCCUCUACCCUGCUGGUUAAGGCACUGGAAUUGCGGCUCAAGUACAUGUGGAACUCGCAUCAAACCUUCCCGCAGACGACGGCACGGUUCCUCAAGUCGUCCCAUCCGGAACGGUACACCCACCAGAGUAAGAUGUCCAUUGAAGACCACCCAGUCAAUCCUCCCCAGAACACCGAGUCACCGUGGCUCAUCGAGUUCCCGAACGACUGCAACUACACGAUCCGCUCGAACAAUGGCGUCUUCGAGGUGUUCCGAGAUGCCGAAAGUACGGUACCGUUCCCGUUCGAGUAUACCAAACUGCCGGACUUCGUGCAGGACAUGCAGAUGAUGUGUUCGAUGAUCGCCGACGGUCCGUUGAAGUCGUUCUGCUACCGCAGAUUAAGCUACCUCUACUCCAAAUUUCAGCUGCACGUACUGCUGAAUGAAUUGCGCGAGCUGGCUUCGCAGAAAGCUGUACCGCACCGGGAUUUCUACAACAUCCGCAAGGUGGACACGCAUAUUCACGCUGCCAGCUGCAUGAACCAGAAGCAUUUGCUGCGAUUUAUCAAGAAAACGUUGAAGAAAAACGCAGACGAAGUGGUGACCGUCACCAAAGGUGAACAGAUGACACUGGCACAGGUGUUUCAGUCGAUGAAUUUGACCACGUACGAUUUGACGGUGGACAUGCUCGAUGUGCAUGCCGACCGAAACACGUUUCAUCGGUUCGACAAGUUCAAUGCCAAGUACAAUCCGAUCGGAGAGUCUCGACUGAGAGAAGUGUUCCUCAAAACGGACAACUAUUUGAAUGGAAAGUAUUUUGCUAAUAUCAUUAAAGAGGUCGCUAGUGAUUUCGAAGAGAGCAAGUAUCAGAACGCUGAACUGCGACUGUCAAUCUACGGUAAGUCACCGGAUGAAUGGCACAAACUGGCAAAAUGGGCCAUAGACGGUGAUGUUUACUCGGACAACAUUCGCUGGUUGAUACAGAUUCCCAGACUUUAUGAUAUUUUUAAAACAAACAAACUGAUGAGCUCGUUCCAGCAAAUUAUAGACAAUGUAUUCAAACCACUUUUCGAUGCAACGAACAAUCCUAGCCAGUUCCCGGAAUUGCACAAGUUCCUACAGUACGUGAUUGGAUUCGAUUCAGUGGACGACGAGUCGAAACCGGAGAAUCCUCUGUUCGACGGAGAUGUGACGACCCCCGACCAGUGGACAGAUGACGAGAAUCCUCCGUACGCGUAUUACAUUUACUACAUGUAUGCCAACAUGACCGUGCUGAACCACUUCCGUACGGAGCGUGGCAUGAACACAUUUGUCCUGAGACCACACUGUGGAGAAGCAGGUCCAGUACAGCAUUUAGUUUGCGGUUAUCUAAUGGCGGAGAACAUUUCCCACGGUUUGCUAUUGAGAAAGGUACCGGUGCUGCAAUAUCUCUACUAUCUCGCACAAAUUGGUAUUGCCAUGUCACCGCUAUCGAAUAACUCACUCUUUCUAAACUACGACCGAAAUCCAUUCCCGGAGUACUUGGCAAGAGGAUUAGCGGUGUCACUGUCGACUGAUGACCCGCUACAGUUCCAUUACACCAAGGAACCACUCAUGGAAGAGUAUAGCAUUGCGGCGCAGGUGUGGAAACUGAGUUCGUGUGACAUGUGCGAACUGGCGCGGAACAGCGUGCUGAUGAGUGGAUUCCCGCACAAAAUGAAACAGCAUUGGCUGGGACCAAAUUAUACCCGCGAAGGCGUUGCCGGAAACGAUAUCACGCGUACUAAUGUGCCGGACAUUCGGGUUGCCUUCCGCCACGAGUCGUUGGUGGAUGAGCUGUCCAACAUUUUCAAAGUUCACAGUGAGCUUACGUUGGAGUUGGUCGAUUGAGGCAUAUGGUAUGAUUGCGGUUGCCAUCCACGCGACAGGGGAGGGAUUGAAAUAUUGAGAAUCUUUUGAAGUCGUAUUUCCAUGAUUGGAUGAGAAUAUACUGGUAAAGUAAUUGGAUGACUUUUUAAGCACAGCACGUACCUCAAAAUAUUUAUUAUUAAUUUUUUUGUUGAGAUGAAUUUAUCGUUUGUUAGGCUAUUGUGCACGUGUAAUGUGUUUUCGACGUCUGUCAAAGAGGACGUUUGAUGUUUCAAAUUGUGUAUUGUCAAAAAGUUCCCAACGUUUAGUGAAGAAGCAUAAAAAAAGUAUAAAUUUCCUGUUGUAUCCCUUAUAAUAACGGAUCAUAAUAUGUUAUGUGAUUGGAAGUAAUAUAUUCAAAUUAAUUAAUUCAAAA